UGCUCUGACCGAGAAGACUCUGCAGCAUCUUCACCGAGAGGACGAGCAGGAUAAACCCGUGUCUUUCUCUGCGUCUCCGGACCCUCCUCGCCCAGCCCCCCCGUCACCCCCACGGGUGUCUCCACGAUCGCACGCCGGACAAGACAAGAAUUACCAAGCGUGCCAAAUUACGCAUCGGAUACCUUUCUUUUUUUUUUUGUGUCGAGGCUCCUCUGAUUCCUCCAUCGACCUUUUCCCGUCUUCCUUCGUCUCCUCCUCCCCCCCCCCACUCCUCCUCCUCCUCAUCGUCUCUUUGUGGUUGAGUUUUGUUUUAUUUAUUGUUCCGUUUCGCUGCUGUUGCAGAGGAGCGCCACCAUCCUCCGCCGCCUGACAUGAGUACGCUCUUUUCCCCGGCUGCAGCGGAAUGACACGCAUAUCCUAACCACGCAUAUCCGAAGCUUGAUGGAAGAUUGACGCUUCUUUUGCACGUUUUGUAUUUGCCCCGGAAGAUUCUCCAGCAGCACGGGGUUGGGAUUUUUCUUUUCCUCCCACUUUGAGUCGAUCAUCCGCCGCUUUCUGUCCCUGCGCAGCAUCUCUGCACGCACGGCGCACCGCGGAGAAACGCGCAGCUAACCUCCUCCGUCAGGAAACAGGCGUAUUUUUUUCCAAUUCCCUAAAUCGCUUUCGCCUCCUCCAAGGACUCAUCUGCACUGCACGGCUACGCUGCGUAAAAAAAACAAAACAAGAACGCCACGGAAAAGGGGGGAUUUAAACGCACACGCAGCCCAAGCAUCCAAGAGAAAGCUCGAAAAUGAUGGCCGGCGGAGCAGUACAGCAAAACGGGAUUUUCUCAAAUCCUCUCCAUCACAAUCAGCAGCCACACAUGGAGUCCGACCCUCCGGACUCGCGCAAGAGACCCCUGGAGACCCCCACGGAGGCCAGCAGCACCAAGCGCACGAACACGGGAGUGGCCUUCCUGCAGCCCCUAUUUGAAACUGAAGGCAUUGUAUUCCCUCACCAAGAAACUGAGACUCAUGAGGAAGGCGAGUACUUCCUGAAGGUUUUGAUUCCCAGCUAUGCGGCGGGUUCCAUCAUCGGGAAGGGAGGCCAGACCAUCGUCCAGCUGCAGAAAGAGACUGGAGCCACCAUCAAACUGUCCAAAUCCAAAGACUUCUACCCGGGGACGACAGAGCGGGUGUGUCUGAUCCAGGGCACGGUGGAGGCGCUGAACGGCGUCCACGACUUCAUCGCUGAGAAGGUGAGGGAGAUGCCUCAGAGCACCCAGAAGACAGAGCCGGUCAGCAUCCUGCAGCCACAGACCACCGUCAACCCCGACCGCGUCAAACAGGCCAAGCUGAUCGUCCCCAACAGCACAGCGGGGUUGAUCAUCGGUAAAGGUGGAGCCACAGUCAAGGCAGUGAUGGAGCAGUCUGGGGCGUGGGUUCAACUAUCCCAAAAGCCAGAGGGCAUCAACCUGCAGGAGCGCGUGGUCACCAUCAGCGGGGAGCCCGAGCAGAACCGCAAAGCCGUGGAGAUCAUCGUCCAGAAGAUCCAGGAGGAUCCGCAGAGCUCCUCCUGCCUCAACAUCUCCUACUCCAACAUCACAGGGCCGGUCGCCAACUCCAACCCCACCGGCUCCCCGUACGCCAACUCCACCGAGGUCAUGCCAUCUGCGGCAGCGGCUGCAGCAGCUACAGCCUCCUCUCUGCUCGGCCAGGCUGGCCUGGCAGGCGUGGGGGCUUUCCCGACCACCAUGUCCAGCCUCUCAGGCAACGACCUGCUGACCAUCACCUCCGCCCUCAACACUCUGGCCAGUUACGGCUACAACACCAACUCCCUGGGCCUGGGGCUGAACCCCGCCGCAGCCUCAGGGGUGUUAGCAGCCGUAGCAGCUAACGCCAAUCCAGCAGCAGCCGCCGCAGCUAAUUUGUUAGCGUCCUAUGCCAGUGAUGCAUCAACGAGCGUUCACCAAGCCAGUCUGGGAGGCUUCUCCCUGGGAUCCCUGGCGGCAGGGGCCACCAACGGCUACUUAAGCGCUGCGUCACCACUGGUUGCAUCAUCACUACUGGCCACGGAGAAGCUAGGAGAAGGAGCAAAGGAGGUGGUCGAGAUCGCCGUGCCAGAAAACCUGGUGGGAGCCAUCUUGGGGAAAGGAGGGAAGACGCUUGUGGAGUACCAGGAGCUGACCGGCGCCAGGAUCCAGAUCUCCAAGAAAGGCGAGUUCAUCCCUGGAACUCGGAACAGGAAGGUGACCAUCACGGGUUCUCAGCCCGCCACGCAGGCCGCACAGUACCUGAUCAGCCAGCGAAUCACCUACGAGCAGGGGGUACGCGCCACCAACCCACAGAAGGUGGGCUAAACCUGACAGCCAAUGAGAAACGAGGAGGAAAAGAGGAAAAAAAAAAGAGUGGGGGCUUGGGGGAGGAGUGUAAAAAAAGUGAGAGUGAGAAUGGAAAAAAGGAGAGGAGAGCAAGAAUGUCGGAAGGAAACGUCCGCGCCAUUUUCUUCUGCGUGUUUUCAGUAUUCUUUAUUAAAAAAAAAGUUUUUGACGCGGAGCAAAAAUGUGCAGAGAAGACGAGGAGGGAGAGGAGCGAGUUAUCACGCUGAAAAACCAAGAAAAAAAUGUGUAAAAUGUAAAUAAGGUUUUAUUACUUAACGUCUUGACCUUUCGGGAUUUUUUAUUGUUUUGUUUGGUUGUUUUUUUUUCUUUGUUUUUGUUUCGUUGGGUAAAUUAAGCUGUCUGUUUGUUCGUUUGUGUAUUUUGUGGACAAAGCUGAAUGCCAUGUAGACAGGCCGACUGCCUGAGAGGCUACAGGGGGA